GCGGCGCUGCUGCUGCUCACCUCCGUGGCGGCCUACGUCAGCCUCGUCUUCGUGCCGCCCUUCGCCGUUCCGAGGGAUGUAACUCACUGCUCGCACACCGCCACUCCAGGGCCAGGCUGGGGACUCUUCGUUCUGGACGACCCAAACGGCACUACGAAGUUAGAGGCCCACGAAUCAAUCAGUCGUAUUUUACAGGAGACCAAAAAUAAGACAUUCAACAUUUCAGCGCCAGAGAUAAAAACUGCAGUCGAUCCAGAGACUGUACAAAGCAAAACCACUGCAUCUACACCAGAGAGAGUUGAGACUUCGAAAGGUGACUACAGCUGGCACAAGUUCAUCGGGCAGAAAAACAGAGAUAUGGAGGAUAACGAUUCGCCUGAGCAUAAUUCUGCUGAUACUGACACCAAGCAAACAUCUGACGACAAAUCGUCAGAAAGAAAGACUUCGCCAGUCUCCUGGCAAAUGGAGGAAAGGAAGGGAAUUCUCAAUUCCUACCACAAAAUCACUAACACUCCGUUCAUUUUUAAUUAUGAUUUGCCAGUCGCGGAGAAUUCUCAGAAAAAUAGCCCACCGUAUAUUGCAGAUGGUGAAAAUGAUAACAAUAUGUUGGUAACGCCAGAGCAUACUGACUAUGACUACGUAUCACAAUACUUGAAGCCCAAGCCUUCAGACAGUCAUCACUACCAGUGGAUUGACCAGAGUAAGUUUGAUGAAAUGCAACAUGGUGACGUUUCAGGAGGACAAGCCGAAGGUGGCAGCAAGACGUUUGCAAAUCCUAGGAGGAAGAUGUUUCCGAAAAUUUUCCAACAGAAUCAGCCAAACGGCGUUAACAAUAUGCCGACCGUCGGAAAUCCUUAUCAGCAUAAACAGCCUCUCCACACUCCCAGAUAUCGCGAACAACAAUUAAAUGGCGCUGAUAAUGAUCUGGACUACUCCAAUAGUCCCAAGAAGCAGUACAGAAAUCAGCAACAACAAAAAGAUCAAAUUUUGGACUUAUCACAGCAGUAUGACAGUGUAAAACCGAUAUAUCAAUACCAAUUACCAUCGCAAUAUAUGAAUGAAAAUGGCAUUGUCAAGCGUAGUGUACGCAGUGUUCAUAAUAGAAUUUCAAAUAGUGGCGUCGUGAACAGUGUUGAUCUGCUCCAUUUGGAACCAGUUACUUCUGAUCAUGUGCUACAGAGUGAAAUUACGACGAGGAGGGGAGCGUCGGGUAGUGUAACAGAUUUAUCACCGUUAUUACAAAAGAAUACUGCACUGAAUAGCCACUUGAACGUUAAAAGUCAAAUAGGAAAUAGUUCACGUCCAGAUGCAAACUCUAUGUACACGGACAGCAUCGCAUAUUUUUCUACUCUUGAAGACUUUGGUGCCAGCAAGUACGGUUCGUGGUCAACUGUAUUCUACACGGUGUUUGCUAUAUCACUGUUUCUAGAGACCGGGUGCCAGUCAGCUCUGGUCUGGAUGCUGAGACUGUGCGGAGUAAUGACGCGGGACACUUGCGCGGUGCUCGGGGAACUCGUUACGAGCAGCCAGGUGCUGGUUGGGUGGUCGCUCGUCGUGUGUCCCCUGGUGGGCGUGGUGGCUGCCCUGUCUCCCUGUCCGUUCCAGAUAACAGCACACAUGGCGGUCGCCGCCGCGCUCACCUUCUGCGCUCUUCUUCUUUUGCCACUGGUUGCUCCAGUGUCGAGAUCGAGGAAAAGGAAGCCAUCGAAACCGUCCUACCGGAAAACCUAUGAAGAUAUGCACGCCACACUCAUUACAAGAUUUUCCUUCUCACUUAGAAUGGGUAUAACAGGAUUUAUAACAGCAUGUAAUAUGGAGUUCAUGAUGUGGUACAUGGAAGCACAAGAAACAUUCUCUCACAACUAUGAAUAUCUGUACUGUGGAUAUUCUGCCACUGCUUCAGUCACACAGUUUCUGUUAAAUAGGGUACUGAGGAAGAGAACUGAAGCUGGAGAGGAUGCUGAAAGUGAGUCUGACGACGAGACAGGGGACGGACGUUGGCAACUGCUCAGGAGAGAAGUGACCGGCCACCAGCGGUGGUGGUGGCUGUGGGAGGCUGGCACCCUGCUGCUUGGUGUCGAGCAGCUGGCAGCUCAGCUUCAGCCAGUGUGGGUGCUGCCACCACUGCUGGGAACCCUGCAGGGGGCUGGCUAUGCCCUGUCCUCAGGUGGAACAGUUGGGGGUGUGAGGACGAGCUACGGUAUCGGCUACGGGUGCGGCUGCCUGGUUGCGGGUUUCAUUGUCCAGAAGUGGGGAGCAGCUGUACUGUUCCAGGUGCUCAGCCUGGGAACCUCAGCAUGUGCAGCAGUUGCAGCCAUCAUUAGGGGGGUGGCAAGGUGUACUGCAAACCAGAGGCAGCAGGCACGACAACAUUCAUUUUCUAUUGCCUCCACCGAAUCUGAUGCCAGCAGUGAUGGAGAAGAAAAUGAAAUUGCUGAAACAGAUGACUGGCUUGUACAGGCACUGCAACGAGAUGAAUAUCAGCAAGCUAAAAAGAGUCACAGAAUUGAAUGUUAGAACAGUUAACAAACACAGGAAUUAGAUGUCUGUGUUUGUUAGUGAAACUGAACAGUUCCACCUGUCACUGCUUUUGUUUUGACUGUUAUUGAUUUCCUAAUGAGUUGGAUGUAAUGGUGAAAUAAAUAUAAACAAUACAGAUGA